UUACAUUGGUGAGAUCACCAAGUCCAAGCCCCUCAGAAAGUUUGACUCCCAUUUACACGAGGGCAACGCAAUCCAAGACCAUCCUGAACCUCGACGCGGACGCGAGACAAGAGGAGCCAACACGAGCACAAGCACUAAGUUUAGCCAAGCUCUCUCCAACCAGAACCAGCACCAGCACCAGCGCCACCGCCACCACCAAGCUUUGACCACCCAACGUGCCACUCUCCUCUGCCGACAUCCAAAUAUCAUGCAUCGACUGUCCACCAUCCUCCACUCGGGGGAAACGAGGAAAAAGAUCCGCAAGACCCCGCCUGCCGUCCAUAACCACGAUCAUCAUCACCACCAACAACACAGGCCCGAGGGCUGCCCUUGCCUGUGGACCCGAUGGUCGUCAUCCAAGGCGAAGGCGGCGGCGGUGACCUCUGACGGCCCCAACCGCUCCUUGGCACCCGUCCACCAUGAAGAAGAGGAGCGGGGCCGGACCUUGCAGCGCGGCGGCAGCGACAGGAAUCAAGACGGUCAUCUCGGGAAGCAGCUCUCUGGCUUCUUCCGUGGCCUCACGUCUUGGGUUCUUUGGUGUGGUCCUACGUGCCACGGCAAUGGCAAGCAGAGAGCAUCGCCCGAGCAGGUGCCGUGUCGUCGAGACAGCGAACCACCCCCGGGGAACUGGCUGCGCAACGGGAGCGGCAGCGCUGAGCGCACUCACACCAACAGCACCAUCAACACCAGCACCCUGGCCACCACGACGACGAGGACGCCGCCGGCACACCACCCAGUGCCCCGUCGAAUGGGUAAGAUGCAGUGCCUCAAGAAUGCGAACAAGAUCUUGCGAACUCCAGAGGGCGUGUACGUCAAUGGCGAGCUGGUGGUCCACCCAACGACUUCGGUAGGAGGCCCAUCGCGAAACGGCUUGUUCAGGACUCAUGAGCGUCCAUUGAGCUGGAACGCCGUGAAAAUAAGGUCCAAAGG